AUGGCGCCCAAACUUCAGAUUGUCACCAUUCUGAUGCAAGUUCAUGAUUUUCAUGGCAUCGAGAUUGUCGGAUGGUACGAAAGCGUCUUUUUACUCGCCUUGUUCAGUUUUCAGUCGGUCUGGCGAAAGGCGUACAUAUAUUUUUCGUUCAGAUGGACAUUUUUAGCUUCAAUCGUUGCUUGCGAGGUCUGUAUUUUGAUUUGCGCAGGUGGCGGCAUUCAUUUCAGCUCAUUCACCGCAAUUGCGUCUAUAGCAGUUCCUGACAAAAGAGAUGCAUGUACUGGAUUUGCUGGAUUCGAUAUAGAUCUUUCUUUUGGUGAAGCUUCGGUGGUAACAAUUUCCCUUAUCUUUAUUGCAUCUGAUACGCCAAAACCAGCGAAAGUAAUAUUUCACGGAAUAAUCCUUUAUAUCAUUGUAAUCGAAUCCAUCGCGAUCAUGUAUUUUAAUUCCCAGAAGGCUGAAACUACAUACCUCUGGGAGUCACUUGUGGUAAUCGGACUUCUCGUCGGCUCGAUUCUUCUCUCCAUGAUCUUUAUGAUUGUACGGAUCUGGCUUGGGGAAUGUACGAUGUUAGUCAAUCGUUUGUUGAAAGAAAGAUCGGUUUAUGGUGGCAUGGCUUUCAUUGGAUAUCGACGUCUUCCGGACGUAGGAUAUGGCUUCGGUAUUCAAGUGUCCACACUUGCAGUGCAGGCUUUGGUGAUUCUAGAGGACAUAUCAUCUGCAAUAGCAAUUAUUCUUUUCGAAGACCUCGCCGUCGAUUCUGCAUUUGCUGAAACUCUGAUCAAAAGCGUCGCAGUCUAUGAUUCAAUUGUGUCACAAAGGAAGGUUGUCUCAACUGGCGCCACGGAAUUGAGGAAGAUCUUCACUGCUGAACGGUCAAAAGACGAUUUCAGAUCUUACGUAGCCGCUUCGAAGAAGGCCUACAUCAUUGGAAUUGCAAUGGUAGGUCUGAUGCCCCUUGCGGUCUUUGGUUGUAAAUGCUACAACUGGAAGAAAACUAACGGCACCAAAGCUGCAAAGAAAGGAGAAAGUGAGAAUCAGAAUAACGACUUUACGGAGAGAAUGGAGAUUUGGAAGUGA